AUGUCUUCCUCUGUUCCCCUCGAGAUAGCAUCUACCAUUCAAAGUGCAUCAAUAAAGCGCGACCCCUCUCCCAAUCACGACAUAAAUCCCUCUACCGCCGCCUCCAGCAAAGUGCCCGUUUCUGUCCAUCCAGAUUACGCAUACGAUGAUAAAGAUAGUAUCGAUGGCGGGGAGGAGGAAAUUGAGGACAUUCCCUACGAUGUUAUAAGACCAUUACCACGCCGAGCGAGCUUCCCACCUAUACCCGAUCUGCGCUUUGAGCAAAGUUACUUGGCUAGUAUUGCGCAUGCAGAUUCAUAUUGGAAGGUUGCUUUCAUAACCAUCAGAGACCAGGUGAUUUCCCCUUUCCUAGCCAUCGCUUCAUCUCCGUUAUGCAUGCCACUCAUUCAAGGCAUCGCCGUAACCCUCCUCUGGGCCGGCUGGAAACACUGGAAUAAGAACACCAAACUCAGUGGUAACAACGCCGGGGCCCGAGUCCAUCGAUGGUGGUACACCGUAAAUAACUGGCCGAUCAAAGAAAGGAUAGCAGAGAUUGGAAAGAAUGCGAAGUUGGCGGCGGAAAUGGGGGAUUUUUAUGAGAAUCAAGCUUCGGCUGGAGAUUGA